AUUAGAUCGGUCGUAAAACUGUUAACAAAAUGUAGAUAUAGUUGAGAAUGGGGCCCAUUUUUAAAGCUAUAAUAAUCUGCAUUUUGUGUUUGGUUGUUGUUGUGUUAGCAACUGUUUUAGCGCUUGUUUGGACAAUGCCAGACUUACCUAAAACCGUAAUUAAUGACAAAAUAUGUUUGCCGAAUGAAAAUGACGUACUUCUUUGUGGAAAUACACCGGAUUUAUUACAUGAUUAUUUAAAGAGGAUAACGGCCGAAAAAUAUGACAAGAUUAAACAAGAGGACGAAGAGCGGCAACAGAAAUAUCUUAACGAAAACAGAGUCCGCCUGAUGGCCAUUUAUGACAAAUAUUUUUGGGAAAUGAAGCCAGCUGCCAAACUAACGGGAAAAGAACAGCCAAAGUCUAAUAAAAAGAGUCAUGCUAAGAUGACGUCUGUACAAGUUUGGCGCCAUGGGAGAGAACUCUACGAUACAAGUGGGUUUGAACGUUACGGCCUGCGAUAUAGAAAUGGUCGUUUAGUUGUCCCCGUAUCAGGCACUUACUUUAUAUAUUGCCAUGUUGACUUUUUCGAACCAUGUGUUCCCUCCACCGGUAAACCAAAUGUCAAGAACGCGAGCACGCCACUUAAACUUGGUAUCUUUAAGUUUAAUAUCUUUGACGCAGAGGAGUCUGAAUUAGUUUCAAGCGUUCAGCCCCACACAAUUUCUAGCAAUCGAUACUUCAACUCGUACAAUAGUUACGUAUCGACACUUGCUGAAUUAAAAGCUGGAGACGAAAUAUCUGUGAAAGUAUCAAAUAUUACUUACCUUAGAUAUACAAGAGAUAACUAUUUUGGCUUGAAUCUAGUUUAGAUCUCCCCUAUGUGGAAGGCGUCCUCGCUCGCAGGGAGGGGCAGUGAUGGAAACUUUUCAUUUGUUGUUGAUAUUCCUUCCAAAUACAAAAGUUUUGGUUCCCUAACAAAGCUCAUACGAAAUGCACUGAAUUUUCUUUUUAAGAGGAAGUGCUUACUCGCAUAGUUGUGCAACAGAAAUAGGAUGUAAUGACCGUUCGUUUCGGUUAAACAAGCAGCUUUUUUAUUUUUCUAAGAUAUAAAAUGCAACGAAAGACUACCUGUGGUCAUGUUUUGGGUUUUGGAUAAGUUCAGAUGAAUUUGUGGCAUUCUUGAUACAAAAUAACAUUUUUCAUUUAUUUACGUGUAGGCCGUUUACAAACAGCACCAUAUAUUGUAGUAUGAAUAGAAGUCAUUUUAGUUCAUUUUACAUUAAUUGUACAGUAAAUGAUUUUGUAUUGCCUGUUUAUUUUGAAAAGCUGUUUUUCUUUUUUUUCUUUUUUUCUUUUUUGUUUAGCGUUUAAAACACAUAUAUUUCUCUGCAAUAAAUCGGAAAUUAACAACCUUUUUUCACCGCAUUCGCAUAUAAUUUGACCGAAAAACUAUACAUGUCUUAUUGUUUAUUCGUUUAUUUGUCCCACAGAAACUAACUUUCCUUACACCCUAAAGAAGUCAUGGUAUCAAAAUAUAGUUCUUCUUGUGAACUGCAGACGUGCAGUGUAUCAGCGAGUUGAAAUCUAUAACUUGAAUCAACAGGUAGUACAAAAUAGUUUUAGUUCCCCUCCAAUUGAUGAAAGGUUUCCAUCACUGGCAGACAUUCCAUAGUAAGAUUAAUAUUCAGCUUAGACGACCAUGAUUAUUUUCGUUUAUCCAUAUGGUCCAAUAGCAAGUGCCUGUUACCUUUUUAAACAUAUGCCAUUAAAGCCAAAUUAUGUUAGAUUAUUACCUUCGCUGUUUUUGUCCUUUUUGUACGUUUAAAGCCUGUCUUAUUUCAUUCAUUCGUUACUUGUUUAUUAAAAGCUUAUAAUAUUUUUUGUUUAAUCCGACUUUUAUGCAUGCGCGAUUUUUAUGAUGAUUUGUAUACAUGUUCUCAUACGCCAUUCACUGUGAGCUGUUUUGUUUUCUGCUGAUAAGCACUCACAAUGAUUAAAGACUACGUCACAACGUCACAUGAUGACAAGUGGAGGCUAUGUCACGUGAUUGACUAGUUAUUAUUGCCCGUUUAUUCAUGUUUGUGUAAUAAAAAGCAUUUUGAAAAAGUAUAAUUGUGCCAUUCUUAAUCAGUCUUGUGAAACUAGC